UGCAUAUGCUCCCGCUGCAGCUGUCCGGGCUCGGCCUCAGCGCCAGCCCGCGAGCACUUCCCGAAGGCGUCUCGAGUGGCGGCGUCGUGCGGUACUUUGCGUUUGGCUCAAACCUGCUGCGCUCAAAGAUGGAUAAGCGAGGCGAGACGGGCGUGAUCGCAUGCACCGCCGGGGUAGUGCCCGACCACCGGCUGGCGUUCAAUAUGCGCAUGUUUCCGCCCCUCGAGCCUUCGAUGGCUUCGAUCGAGCCCAGCCCGGGCGAGGUGUGCGAGGGCGCCCUCUACACGCUCACGCGCGACGGCUACGAGGCGCUGUGGCAGAGCGAGGGCGGCGGCAUGGAACGGCCCGGCUACGAAGAGGUGAGCGUGCCCGUGAGCGUGGACGGGACCAUCGUCCAGGCGGUCACGCUGCGCGCGGCGCCGUGGAUGCGCCUGCGGCGAGACGCCCCGCCGAGCGCGCGGUACAAGGAGCUCAUCGUCCAAGGAGCCGUGGAGCUCGGCCUCUCCGACGCUUACGUGUCCAUGCUCUCCGCCCUGCCCGCCGCGUCGCCCUCGCCAGCGCUCAGGGCGCUGGCGACUGCGCAUGGCGUGGUCGCAGUCCUCCUCCUCCGGCUGAGCGCCGCGCUCGGCGCGCCGUGGGCCAGGAGAGUCCUCGCUCCGGCCGCGUUUGAAAAGUACGUCGCGCGCAUCUCCGCGGUGCAGGAGGAGCAGGAUGCAAAGGAGCAGGCGUGCGACGGCCCUCCUUCGGGGGCGAAGACGGGAAAGACGGAGCCGCACCGCCUGACGUCCGUGCAGAAGAUCGAGGCGGCCAAGGCGGCCGGCGGCUCGCACGGCGGCGGCGAGUACACGCCGAGCGGCGCGAUUGUCGGCGAGUCGGAAAUGCUCCAGUCGGCGCGGCUGUGGGUGGAGACGCAGCGGCGCGAGUCGGAGCUGAUGAUCAACGACGCCGACUCCUCGCGCCGCGACUCCUUCCAGUCGUCGGAGGAGGCGGGCGACGCCCCCGCGCCCGAGGGCGGGUGGUUCUCGAGCUUCUUCGGCGGCGGGCCCUAG